AGUCAUUAACCGAUCAUGAACAUUUCGGGUACAUUGGUUGGCGACGGGCAUCCAGUCUUUAUCAUAGCAGAGAUCGGACAAAACCAUCAAGGAUCAUUGGAAAUCGCCAAGCAGAUGAUCCUGAAGGCAAAGGAGCUGGGCGUUGAUUGUGUCAAGUUUCAGAAAUCUUGCCUCCAAGCCAAGUUUACUGUAAAAGCCUUGGAAAGGCAAUACACUGGGCCCCAUUCCUGGGGAACAACCUACGGCGAACACAAAUCGUAUCUGGAAUUCUCGAUCGACGACUACCGUUCUUUGCAGCAAUUUUGCUCUGAAAUCGGAAUCCUCUUCACUGCCUCGGCCAUGGAUCCGAUAUCUUUUCAACAACUCAUCCAAUUGAAAGUACCGUUCGUGAAAAUCGGUUCCGGCGAUGCCGACAAUCUGCCCAUGCUGAGACAAGCCGCCCUUGCCGACAACAUUCCGCUAAUCGUUUCAACCGGGAUGCAAUCGUGGAACCAAGUGCAACAGAUUCAUCAAAUCCUCCGUGAAAAUUCGACUGCUCUGCUCCAUUGUAUUUCCGCUUAUCCAACGCCACCGGAAGAAGCAUGUCUGAAUCUGAUUCCGCUGUACAAAGAACAUUUUCCGGAACUCCUUAUCGGCUACUCUGGGCACGAGUUGGGUCUGCAAAUCACGGUGGCUUCCAUACUGCUGGGAGCACGAAUAGUCGAACGUCAUUUCACGCUGGAUAAAGGCUGGAAGGGAACGGAUCACAAAGCGUCCCUCAAUCCAGCAGAAUUCGGUAGAUUGGUUAAGUACAUUCGUAUGGUUGAGAAUGUCAAAUGUGCUCGUGCCGACGUGCCAAAAAUGCUGUCCGAAGUGUUGCAAGACGAUGAUUUUAACCGGGAAGAACUCGCACGUGCCUUGAAACCCGUUACCGUGGAUGAUCGGAAGCUGAUGACAUCGGAGAUUGCUUGUCAUAGCAAGUUGGGGAAAUCACUCGUUUUCGGUAGCAACGUAGAAGCGGGACAUGCACUGGAAUGGACUGACGUGGCCGUGAAGGUCAGUGAACCACGCGGUCUAUCGCCGACCUGGUUCGAUAGGAUUGUGGGAAGGACGGUUGUCCAUCCCCAUAGGAUGGAUGAGCCGAUUGUGGCGGAAGAUCUGGUUCCUGUAUAGUGGAACGUUGUAGUGUUUUCAACCGCAAAUUUAAUUAAAUAAAUUAGAGCAAUGCGCAUACUCAACAUUC